AUGACCGAGUUCCUAGGGGAUAGUCCACCUAGACCUACCACCGUCAUUCCAGGUCAAUGGAUCAUCCAACUCCCUUCACCCGACACGCAGGUAUACAUCCAUGGAUUCAAACGGGCUCGUCUAGAUAACGAAGCAGGACCGUCAAAUUAUGAACUAGAAGAUGUAAUACUGGACCCUUUCGAACGAGCUUGGAGGCAGAUCAAUGAUAGCCCGAAUGAUCAAAUGUUCAGUGUCAAUAACCUGGAACGACCUUGUGCUAUCAUAUCCCAAACACCUGUUGAUGAGAAACAAGAAAAGGUGUUAUGGGUAUUCAUCACCAGUAAUGAUCAAAUCGUACCUCUGGAUGGCCUCGAAGAAAUCACACCACAUCUUCAACCGAUAAGUAUCACUCAACUGGUCACCUGCCCCAAACAUGGUCACGAUCCCUCAUGUCUCGACUCGCAAUCUUCUUCCGACAAUAAAACAACGUGUAUCGUCAGUCUUGAUACUUCUCAAGAUGUAGCUCGUCAUCUGGAUUUGCUAGCUUCCGCUUUAGCUGAGAGGAUGGCUUGGAAGAAGGGAACCAGACUGAUCUUAGACUCGAAACUUCAUCUUCAAAGUUCACUCAAAGCAAGUAUCCAACCAAUCUCAUCACUAAAAUUGCUUCUAUCCGUCAGACCUUCCACUCACCCUAUUGCAACGUCUUCCAUUACUCUACCACCUCUUCGACUCCUCCCAUUGAAUCUGCCUGCUCUACAUGUAUCCUCUUCGUCUCUCACAUCCACACAACAUCGGCAUCUUGCAUCGACGUUCGACUCGGCACUAGGACAUACAUGGAAACAUGGCCGAUCAGAAUCUCGUACUCUUGCCCAAAUCACUGGUGAAACAUACUCGGAUUGGUCGAUAUAUUGGGUCCCACUAUCCACACCUUCAUCGUCUAAAGGUAAACUCACACCCAGGCAAUUAGUAGAGAGGUGGAAAAAUUCUCAGGGGUUAUUGACCAUCUGGCCAACUCAUCUUGCACAACCUUACUUCGCCACAAGAUAUCCCAAAGGAAAGAAAUCGGUGGUUCGACCGCUUCAACCGAAAUCAUCGGAUCUACUUGAUAUCUCGACUGGUGUAUUCGAUUUCUUAUCCAGCUAUAAGGAGCCAGAUCCACCACUGGAUCACGAAGAUGAUGAAGAUGAAGAAGCAGACGAGAAUAUAGAUGUCGAAUCAACAGUCAUAACUGCUGAACCUGAACCUGAACCUAUUGGUAAUGAUGUAGGAGGAUCAGAGAAAAGUGACAUAGAUGAUUUAUUCUCUGAACAUUCCAAUUCCAUUACCAAUUCACCUGCACCUACGAUACCAUUACCCAUACCCCCACCAGAUCCGAUACUAGACCAAAAUGGUCUUGAACCUGUCUCGAUCUCAGUAAACGAGGACGAUACGAUGAAUUUUAUCAAUAUGGACAUGAAUAUGGAUAACGAGAACCGUCAACUUUCCAGAAAUGCUUCCAACACGAAUGGUUUGGAUAAUACUCAGAAAGAAGAGAUGGUCACGGAGGAUGAUUUUGCUUUCUUUGAUUCGCCUACAGAUCAGAUAGCAAAUGAGGGUGAGCUCAACGAAUCUACUCAGGAGAAUCAUGUGGCGGAAGACGAUAGGAUGAACUUAGACUUGAAUCUACCAUCUGUAUUGGAGGUACAGCCUGACCUCACCUUGAAUGUGGAGCAAGACCUAUUGCAAAUUCAGAUACCUACCCAAGAUCAAACUCUUCCACUUGAAGCCCACAAUCUACCUACAUCCAGCUCUUACCUCAACCCGACUGCUCUCGUGGAUGAUGAAGACAUACAUCCCGAAGAAUCACCUCAUCCGAUUACUGCCGAUGUGACAGCACUUCCCCGUCAACCACCUUCACCGGUCCCACUGCCUUUCCAGCGGUCCACCAACGACCUCAUCCCACUUUCAUUCUCCCCUCUGCCUCUUCUUCCCAUAUCCGAAUCGCCGUUCCCCUACUCUCUUCCCACUCCAGCACCUACACCUUCAAGCCUAAAUUGGGACCUGGUCGAAAGGCUCCAACCGCCUAAAACAUCCGUCUCUACUUACGCAAAUGACUGGAAGAUGGACGAGGAAAUAUCUGAGAUUGACGAAGAAGAAAUGUACACUGGUCCACCAACACCCGAAUCAGCUUAUACCUCAUCUGACGAAGAUGAGGGAAAUACCUUUAUCAAUGACAGGAAGAGAUUAUCGGAAAGUAAUGGUACAGAAAUUGAGUUUUCCGGUGUGAGAUGUAUAGCUUCGGAAUGGGUUUAUCUCGCGUACGAAUUUGGUUAUGGGGUCGACGGUGAUCGACUGAAGGAGUUUAUGAGGGACUGGAAUCCUUCCUGGAUCAGGGAUAUGACGGUAUUACCGCCUACUCCACCUGCAGAGGUGGCAGAUAGAAGUUGGAACAAAGGGCUAGAUCUGAAGAGAUUUGUCAAAGAUAUGAUAGGCAAUAGAGCUCUGAGGCAGAUGUUGGAUUACUCGGAUAACACAACUUCAACCAUUUAUAGUGAUAUGAUGGGAUUGUCGAUACUUGAUGGAGGUAUCACACUUUCCGAUCUCAGUAAGGAAUCGAAACAACGCUUUCUGCCACAACCUCAAAUCUCAGCUGGGUAUCAUAAUUACACCAUCAACCUGUCCAUCCCAUCACUUCAGUAUUGGAGCGAACUUGGCUUACAGCCUCAUGGUGGAUAUAAGGAUGUAGAAGCCAUAAUACUGUGUGAAGAUACCGAUGAAGCGAGAGAGAAGGGGAAAGAAAUCGGUAUAGGUAUGAAAAGGACAUGGGAGGAAUUACACUUGGGAAGUCAUCAUAUAGCUGAGAUUGGUGGUGCAACGCAAGGCGUCAUUUCCGUCCCUACUUCAGUUUUCUCAGAAGCGGUCGCCAAUCUGAUGAACCAGUCCCCCACCCAUACCAUCCUGUACAUCCUCCUACCCCCCUCGACUACCAUAUCAUCAUCCCUCCUCAACAGCCUGUUCAAUAUCUCUCUCUCACCUUCGUCAUCUACCGUCAUUCAGCUUGUUCCGCAGUGCGCUCUCAACCCAUCGUGUCAUCGGGAAAUUGCAUUCGAAGUAUACAACAGAAUAUCAGAACCUGUCAAAGAAAUCAAUGCUCGAUCAAUAUCUGAUCCUUAUGGAUUAUCACAGCAUUCCACAUCGGAUGAUCAUCUCACCCGUCAUGCAUUCACCUUGGCACGAGAUGGAAACCCCACGCCGGAAUUUAGCAUGUCUUGGCCUCUGAAAUCGUACGAUGUAUUGAAUAUCCAUCGAUCUAUACAUGCCGUGUAUAAUUUCGAUGAGGAUUUAGGAGUGAUGAUGGGUUUCAUCGUUGAUGAUCUUGGUGAAAUGUUUGAUUGGAUGAUCUGGGGCGAUCAGAUAGACGUACAUGUGGAUAAAAUAUGGAAAUGGAUUAGAGGGAAGAGCGACGAUUGGUUGAUUAAUUGGAGAUUGAACGUUAUGAGGGUUGGGAAGAUGUACAGUGAUGAAUUGCAAGCUUGGAGAAAGGUAUUGAGCAAUUCCCAGGCAUCAAUCACACUUCUCACUACAUCCUACGAUUUCAAUGGUGGUGAAUCUGACGUCCACGACAUGGAUGAUAUUCCUAGACCAAAGGGAUUUGCCAAUAUCCCACUAACCACUCUAAACGAUCCGAACUCGCAAAUCAUCGAUUUGUCCCUAUCAGCUCAAUUGACUACUUUACCUUCAGUCAAGUUACCUAUCGGUUUGGAAGUGCCGAAUUGCAAAGAUAAUGAAGAAGUGGAGAUUGUUUAUCCGGUAUCAUCAUUUAUCCUUACUCACCCUUCAUCAUCACACGAGAAAUAUCGAUCAGCGGUGUAUAAUAUCCUACAUCGUAAUCACUCACAUGGGAAGAAAGAUCUGGAUACGGGAGUAGAGGAUGAACUGGGAGAAGAGAUAUAUAGGAUUGGAUGUUUGAUUGAUUCCAGAUGGGGGAUCAAUGGUGGAUUGGCUGGAUUGAUACGGGUUGGAAUAAAAGGUUUGAGUAGUUUAGCACAAGGCGGAGGGGAUUGA